AUGCUGCAUAAAUAUGAUCAGACGUUGAAAUCGAUUCAGAAUACACAAAUUUCAAUUAAGAAUCUACUAACUCAAGUGCUGGACGAAUUGCAGCAGCUCAAAUUGAAGAAACUGACAGAGAAGGACAGAGAUGGCAAUAUUUCUGUAUUUUCAAAGUUCAAAUUUCUUCCUAUCAAUGAUGAGGAACAUUUAAAAAUACUAGAGGGGUAUUUAGAAGCAGAGCAAAACUUUUCAGCUACUAUCGAUAUUUGUGCUUUUUUCCCAUUCCUUCAUGAAAUGGAAAAAAAAGCACAAAUACGCCACUAGAGCCAAGGAACAUCUGAUCGUGCCCUCGUUGAGAUUCUCAUACCUUCAAAGAAACUCUUUACAUACCCUGGUGAAAAUUUACAAUAAAAUACCUGAUGAAAUCAAACAUCUGCCUCAAAAAAGGAUGGAGAGAGUACUUUUCAACUAUAUGAAGGA